AUGGCCCCUAAGGAAAGGACACUUUGGACCCCUAAGACUACCGAAACAUUUUUGGAUUUGUGCCUUGAAAACAAGAACGGUGGCAAUACUAAGUAUGAUUGGGAUACAAUUAAAAUACUUUUAAAUGCACAAACCGGGGAAAAUUUCGAGAAAAAGGUUGUAGAGAAUUACUAUAAUGACUGUAGAAACAGAUUUAAGGCUUGGUAUGAACUGAAGACCAAGUGGACCGGAAUCGGGUGGGAUGAGAACACUGGAUGCCCGACAAUUGAUCCACAUGAUGAGAAGUGGAAAGCGUUUGUUCAGAUGUUUGAACUCUUUGGGGGAACUUUUGCCACUGGAAGUAUGGCUUGGAGUAUUAAUUCCACGGGGCCAAGCUUAUUUGACAAAGGGAAAAUGGUUGAUGUUGAUGAAGGAUCGGGAGAUUCCGAUGAUGGAGAAGUUAAUGGGGAUAAAGGAUAUGAUGACGAGGAUGAUGUAUAA